AUGAAUACUCUCUUCAACACCGCUUUAAAACAAUCAACUUCUCUAAAACGCGAUCUUGUAUCACCUCCUUCUGGCACACAGUUGACGCCCUCACUCCUCGGCCAAAUCUCCGCGUCUCUAACGUCCUUCUCGCGCACCCUAGACUCCUAUGCCGAGCUGGCAAAAACCGAACUGAACCCUUCCAAAAAAGAAAAGGCCCACGAGAGAAUUCAGUCUUUCCGAGCAGAACUCCAGUCGUUCCGGGAACAGUUCAAAGAAUUAAAAGCACAAAGUGAAGAUGUAGUAGUCACCACCAACCGGCAGGAACUUUCAGGACGUCGACCUCAUAACACAGCGACGCCCGACAACCCUUACUCCAAUGCUCCCAUUGCCGCGAACACAUCAAACAACUCGUGGGGGAAUGAAGGUUCAAGAUCUGCUAUGGCCAUGGGUAGUGGAGAUUAUGCGAGAGAGACACAUGCGUUAAGAGAACAAGAUUUCUUUGCGCAUACGAAUUCUGCUUUGGACGAUUAUCUGGCAAGGGGCCAGGCAGUACUUGGAAAUUUGGGAGAGCAAAGAGAAAUGCUGAAGGAAACCCAGAAGAAACUGUAUACUGUGGCUAACACGCUAGGUAUCAGUGGUGAUACUAUUCGAAUGGUUGAACGGAGGGCGAAACAGGACAAAUGGAUAUUUGCUGGAGGUGUUGUGGUGUUUUUCGCCUUCUGCUGGUUAUGUCUACAUUUCCUGCGUUAG